CAAAUAAAAACUAUUGUACGCUUAAAUGCAAGUUAUUUAAUAUGAUCCAUGAUAUUUUACUAUCGUGCUUGAGCUUGAGCCGCAAGGGUAUAAGCAUUAAAAAUUUUCUCGCAACAAAUGUUGUUGAAGAAUUCAUGCAUCCUUGUGAGAGGAAAGUUUUUGUGGAAAUUUUAAGCAUAUUAAGCAACAUAAGUGAAGUUGUACGUUUUGCUAAGUUCUUUGGAGGUGCCAGUCAACAUGAUAUUUCGGACUUUACCGAUGCGCAGGAAUAUUCAUCAGGUUAUUAUCUCAAAAACUUUGCCAAAGGCAUCGAAAGUGCUCUCGAUGAUUAUUAUAAAGAAAUGGCACACUUAGAAUCUCUAACCGAACAAAAUACAACAAAUUCAUUAUCAUAUAUUUACAAUGCUUUGGAGUUACAACUACCUAUUAUACUUUUUUUGCGUAAAUUAAUUAACGAUGCUAGAAUACAGAAACUUAAUGGCUGCCAGCUGCUACAAAAUCUGCAUGUAGCUUAUGAUCACGGAGAUUUUCGUCUGGAAAGAAUAAUCAACAUAGUCUCAAAACCCGUGAAAUUGGCUUUCUAUUCGCACCUGACCCAUUGGCUCUUGUUUGGCGUUAUUGAUGAUGAAUACUCCGAGUUCUUUAUACACUAUAGAACAAACGUUACGAAAAGUCCCUGUGAUAAAUCUGGCACAAGCAAUAAUAGUCAGACGAGUUUAUUAAGUGAGGAAGAGAUAUGGCAAUAUGAGAUCAAAUUUAGUCAAUUGCCAAGCUUUGUGUCAUCCGUUUUAGCUGAAAAGAUUUUAUUCGUCGGACAAACGGUGCUCGUUUUCAAAUUGGAUCGAAGUAAACAUAAGAGUGAUAACUGGAUGAUGAAAAUGCAUGGAUCAUUCUGUGAUGAUAUCAGUGAGCUUUGGGAUGGCAAGGAGGGAACGUUUUGUAAAAUGAUAGAUGACUUAAAUCAAGAUGAUAAGAUCGAUGUAUUUCAACUGGAAAGUGUUAUUAACCAAAUCAAAAAAUACGUCAGCCAACGUUUGUCAGAAAUAGCAGCUAUUGAAGAUGAUUUGGAUCGUCAGUUAUGUCUGAUCAAAGACUUUUACCUGCUGGGACGAGGUGAAUUUUAUUUGGAAUUCUUUCGGCAACUAUAUGAAAGUUCAGAAAAUCUCGCAGAACUCAAUAACAAAAACUAUACCAAAGCCUUCGAGAUUGCAGCAAACGUUAUGGCAACUGUUGAUGACUUGGAGAACUUCUCGCUUAGUGUUCAAAAAACAACCAUCGAUUUAGAGGAGAGUUGCGAAUUCGCACUAUUUCAAAACCUUCACCUCAAAUACAUAUAUAAAUGGCCAUUGAACCUUUUAUUUUCUCCAAUGACCGUGGAACGUUACAAUACUGUUUUUCGUUUUCUACUGACUGUUCGAAAGCUGCAGUACGAUCUACAACUUGUUUGGGCUCGCCAUAAAUGGACUGCCAAAACGCAGAAUACAGUCAAUCUAAAGAUAAUAAGUUUUCGCAAUCAUUUAAUGUUUUUUUUGGACAAUUUACAAUAUUAUAUACAGGUUGAUGUACUUGAAUGCCAGUUCAGUAUACUCAUGAAUGUGAUUGCCAGCAAAGCUGAUUUUGAAGAAAUUCAAAGAGCUCAUUCAGUAUUUCUUGCCAACGUACUUUCACAAUGUUUUCUACUGACAGAUGAAACGGAUAAAAAGAUAAAUAUUUCACAGCCAACACGUCAUUCUCAAUAUCCAGUUUACGGAACAAUCCUCGAAAUAUUUAGCAUUUGUGAGAAAUUUUGUACAGUGAAUGAAGAGAACCUAAAUGAUGUAGAUAGACUCGAGGAAAGAUUUAACGUUGCUAUAUCUGGAUUAAUAAAAUUAUUGGUUAGCAUUAAGAGUGCAUCCAGUUUUGGUGCGCUUUCGCAGCUCUUAUUAAGAUUGGAUUUCAAUCGUUGGUUUAGUUUAAAAAGAAAUGAAAUCGCAGCAUCAUAACUGAAACAUGAA